AUGGAGGCCAUUCGCAACGUUGCCAUUGCAGGGGCCUCUGGAGCUCUAGGCUCACCAAUCUUCCAAGCGCUUCUCAACAGCGGACACUUCAAUCUAACUGUUUUAACACGCCAUUCAUCCGAAGCUCAGUUUCCGUACUCUGUCAAAAUUAUUCGCGUGGACUAUUCUUCAAUUUCGGAACUCACCCAGGCUCUGACUGGCCAGGAUGCUGUCGUUUCGGUUCUGACGACGAGUGCCAUGGAGACGCAGAUUCCACUGAUAGAAGCAGCGGUGGAUGCUGGAGUGCGCAGAUUCCUCCCAUCCGAGUUUUGCGCCAAUAUUGGCAAUCCAAAGGCAGCUAGCUUGCCUGUCUACCAUUCCAAGGUCCAAUUACAUGAUGUUAUACGCCAAAAGGCCGAUGAAAAUCCCAACUUCACGUACAGUCUGAUCCGUAAUGGACCAUUUCUUGACUGGAGUCUUGCUUUUGGAUUCUUCCUUAAUCUCAAGGGAGGAGAGACUUCGCUCUAUGAUGGCGGCGAUCGCCCAUUCAGUACAACUACCUUGGCUACAAUCGGCCAGGCUGUGGUGGAGGUUUUGCGUAAUCUGCACGAGACCAAGAACCGAGCUGUUCUUAUUCAAGACCUCAUCACGACUCAGAACGAGAUGCUCGCUGUUGCCAGAAGCGUUAAGCCAGAAAUAAUUUGGACCCCAAAGAAUGUGAGCACUGCGGAAAUGGAGACUAUGGCGCAGCAAAAAUAUGCUAGUGGAUCGAUGGAUCUGGUAGCUUCCGUGGGCUUCUUUUGUCGAUCUGUCUUUGCCGAAGGUUACGGAGGAGAAUUUAAGAAGGUUGAUAAUGACCUUCUUGGUAUACCACUCAUGUCCAAGGCUGAUCUCGAAGCCUUGAUCAAGAGCGCCCUUUAG